GGCUUUCGUAUAACAACUUAACCGGAACGCUUCCGGUGUCUCUUGGAGGAACCUCGAUCCAGUCUCUCUGGAUCAACCAUCAGCAAAAUGGGUUCACUGGUACCAUCGACGUACUGUCCCAGAUGACGUCGGUGACGCAGGUUUGGUUCCAGAAAAACCAGUUCACGGGUCCGAUUCCAGAUUUGUCAAAUUGCACUUCAUUGUUCGAUCUUCAACUUCGGGACAACCUGUUGACGGGUCCUGUUCCCCAAUCUCUGAUUUCUCUCCCAAGUUUGAAGAAUGUAUCUUUAUCGGACAACAAAUUGCAGGGUCCUUCUCCCAAAUUCCCUGCCAAUGUGGAGAAGGUCACUAAUGAUGGGAUCAAUAAUUUCUGCAGCAAUAGCGGUUCUUGCGACCCUCAGGUCACAGUUAUGCUGGAAAUUGCAGGUGGUUUUGGGUAUCCCGUUUCACUUUCUGAUUCUUGGUCUGGGAACGAUGUACGCCAGUUUUCUUUUGUUACCUGCGAUACCAAGGGAAAUGUGAUCACUGUUAAUCUAGCCAAGAAGAAUCUUGUUGGGACUAUCUCUUCAGCUUUUGGCAACCUCACAUCGUUGAAGAAUUUGAAUCUCAAUGAUAACAACUUGACGGGUUCAAUUCCUGAUAGCUUGACUAAUUUGAGUAGUCUUCAACUUCUUGAUGUGUCUAAUAACAAUCUCACUGGAAAAAUCCCAACUUUUCCGAGUACGGUGAACUUUUUACAUACAGGAAACGCUUUACUUGGGAAAGACAUUAAUUCUGGUAAUGGAGGCUCAGACAAAUCAGGCAGUGGUUCUUCUGGGAGCUCAGAUGGUAACGGUGGUAGUGGUAAGAGUUCUGCUGGUCUGAUUAUUGGAAUUGUGAUUGGUGUUUUGAUUUUUGUUGCUGUUUUGUGCUUUGUUUCCUUUAAAUUUAUUAUGAAGAAAAAGUAUGGCAAAUUUGGGAGGGUGCAAAGCAAGGAGAACCAAAUGGCAGCAGCAAAGCCUAGUAUAAUUAAUGGGAAUGGUGGGACUGCUUAUGAAAUGCAAAGCCAAAGUAGUGGUGAUCGUAGUGAUCGCCAUCUUUUUGAUGGUGGAAAUGUUGUGAUCUCAAUACAAGUGCUUAGACAGGUGACUAAUAAUUUCAGUGAAGAAAAUGUUUUAGGAAGAGGAGGAUUUGGUGUUGUGUAUAAAGGAGAAUUGCAUGAUGGCACUAAGAUUGCUGUGAAGAGGAUGGAGUCAUCAAGCAUGGGUAACAAAGGCAUGAAUGAGUUUCAGGCUGAAAUUGCAGUUCUCACUAAGGUCAGGCAUAGGCAUUUGGUUGCACUUUUGGGUUACUGCAUAAAUGGUAAUGAGAGGCUCCUGGUGUACGAGUAUAUGCCCCAAGGAACUCUUGCGCAGCACUUGUUUGAGUGGCGUCAACAUGGGUAUUCUCCUCUCACCUGGAAGCAAAGAAUUGCAAUUGCAUUGGAUGUGGCACGUGGAAUCGAGUAUCUUCACAGCUUAGCACAGCAAAGUUUCAUCCACCGGGAUUUAAAACCAUCAAACAUUCUUCUUGGGGAUGACAUGAGAGCUAAAGUCGCAGAUUUUGGCUUAGUCAAAAAUGCUCCGGAAGGGAAAUAUUCUGUGGAAACCAGAUUGGCUGGAACAUUUGGUUAUCUUGCACCUGAAUAUGCUGCUACUGGAAAGGUUACAACAAAAGUUGAUGUUUUUGCAUUUGGAGUUGUUUUAAUGGAGAUAAUCACUGGAAGAAAGGCAUUAGAUGAUACCUUGCCAGAUGAGAAGUCUCACUUAGUGACAUGGUUCCGUCGAGUCCUAAUUAGCAAAAACGGCAGCAUCCAGACGGCAGUUGAUGAAACUCUCCAUCCUGAUGAGGAGACACUGGUGAGUAUUUCAAGGGUGGCUGAGCUGGCAGGACACUGCACUGCCCGUGAUCCACAACAGAGACCAGACAUGGGCCAUGCAGUCAAUAUUUUAGGACCCCUUGUUGAGCAAUGGAUACCCACCAGCCAAGAAGAUGAAGAUCAGUAUGGUAUUGACCUUCACAUGAGUCUUCCUCAAGCUUUACAAAUAUGGCAAGCUGAUGAAGGUACUUCGACAUUCUACAGAGACACGUCCUUCUCCCAAAGCCAGUCUAGCAUUCCCUCCAAACCGUUUGAGUUUAAGGACACAUUUUCUUCAUCAGAUUGCCGGUGAUGGAAGUGAAAGUAUCAAGAUGAUUUCAAAGAUGUUAGAAUGGUAACAAAAAUGGGACAACUUCCGAGUGAAAAGGUGGCCCCUCCAUCAAUCCAAAGGAUUACCAAAAGCAUCAUAGUUAUAUAAUGUUAAUUUUGUUUGUUUUCUUGAUCUUUGUUCUGCUAAACUUGAACCAAACCGAUAGAGCUAUUAGUUUUGUUAAAAUUCUUUAAAAUUUAACUAUUUGAUUUGUUUUCAAAGAAGAGAAUAGAGAACUUGGGGACAAAAUGGGGGGCAGGGCCAGGGGGUGUUAUAUC